CUUGUAUUCUAUUAAUUUUUAUUACAGGUCGCUGACAAAGUGACAACUUCUCUACCUACUUCUAUCAUUUGCUCUAUUUAAGAAUUUCCCCUUUUUUUUUAUACUAACAACCAGCCAACUGUAUACUUUACCAUCUGAUUUCUUUCACUGCAAGAAGGUUCACUGUUGAAUUAUAAUCAAAGAUGGCAAACUCAGAAGGACCAGUGGUUAUUGGAGAGGAAGCAGGGAAAGUGAGAUUGGUUACACUCAACCGGCCUCGCCAUCUCAACGUGAUCUCGCCAGAAACGGUGUCUCUAUUGGCAGGAUAUUUGGAGAAUUGGGAGAAAGAUGACAAUGUUGAGCUUAUAUUGAUCAAGGGAGUAGGCCGUGCAUUUUCAGCUGGAGGAGAUUUACGGGUUUUCUAUGAGGGAAAGAAAUCAAAGGACUCCUGCCUCGAAGUAGUUUACAGGAUGUAUUGGCUGUGCUAUCACAUCCACACCUACAAGAAAACUCAGGUUGCUCUAGUUAAUGGUAUUACCAUGGGUGGAGGUGCAUCAUUGAUGGUUCCAAUGAAAUUUUCUGUUGUAACUGAGAAAACGGUUUUUGCCACUCCUGAAGCUGCUAUUGGGUUUCACACUGACUGUGGCUUCUCAUACAUACAUUCUCGAUUGCCUGGUUACUUGGGGGAGUUCUUGGCUUUAACUGGUACAAGAUUAAAUGGCCAGGAAUUGGUUGCAGCUGGACUGGCUACUCAUUAUGUGCCUUCAGAGAAAUUACCUGAGCUGGAGAAACAGUUGAUUAGCUUGAAUAAGGGUGACAAGGAUGCUGUCAAGUCUUUAAUUGAAGAAUUCUCUUCUGAGGUUCAGCUUGAUGCAAGAAGCAUUUUGAACAAGCAGUCAAUAAUUGACGAAUUCUUUUCUAAGAAUUCAGUGGAAGAGAUUAUACAAUCAUUUGAAGCUGAGUCAUUGAAAGAAGGAAAUGGAUGGAUUGGCCCAGUUCUUAAAGGGUUGAAAAGAUCAUCUCCUACUGGAUUAAAAAUCACACUGAGAUCGGUGCGUGAAGGAAGGAAACAAACCUUGGCCGAAUGCCUCAAAAGAGAGUUUAGACUCACAAUAAACAUUUUAAGAAGCUGUAUAUCAGGCGAUGUGUAUGAAGGCAUCAGAGCACUCACCAUUGACAAAGAUAAUGCUCCAAAGUGGGACCCACCAAGCCUCGAUAAAGUACAAGAUAAGGACUUGGACACAGUGUUCCAGCCAUAUGAAGCUCAUCUGGAACUUCAAGUUCCAGAAACCGAAGAAUGCAGGUGGGAUGGAAAGUAUGAGCACUCAACUUACGCAACAUCUAAAGUAAAUUAGAAGGUUCCUCAGACUUCAGUAUAUGUGUUUGAACUGUUAUCGAAUAAUCUUGUGGCUAAUUAUUUACAGAUGAAAUUUGUACCAAACAUUUUCUCUCAAGUAAUCAAGUAUUAUUAAAUAAUUGUGUUUGAUGCGGAAAGCUUUGCUUUAUAAUUAUUUGUAUGUAAAUGUGAGGUGCCACGGAGAAAGUAGAAGCAAGUCAAGCAACGUAUCUUCGGUGUGUGGAUCUAUGAACGGAAUUUGACAGUGUACUUGAAUAUGUGUUUAGACAAGAUUUCAAGCUGUAUUACUUGACUAAUAACAUGAGUUGUUCUGUUGGUUUGAUGAUGCA